AUGUUACUCUUUCCAUAUCUAUCUAUCUAUCUAUCUAUCUAUCUAUCUAUCUAUCUAUCUCAGUUUUAUAUCGCUAUUUUCUUUCUUUUUUCCUCCAUUCAUUUCUGCAUAGUUGAUGGGUUUUCUUUUUUUUCCUCUUCUCUUAUUUUAUGUUCUUUUUGUCUUAUUUCUUUUCUUGAAGCACAAGAUAUUAUUCCUUUGGUUCUUUCUUUCUUUCUUUCUUUUAUCUUUCUUUCUUUCUGUUUGUCUUCCUUUUCUCAUUCUCAUUGCAUUUUCUUACUUACAUUCUUUUUCUUUCUUUCUUCAUGUUUGCUUUCUUUUUCUGAUGUCCUGGAUCUUUCUUUUUUUUUUCUUUCUGUCUUUCUAUCUUUCUUUCUUUUUCUCUUUCGUUCAUCAUCAUUUAGCUCAUUUUAUUUUCUUUGUUUUAUUUCUCUUCUUGAAGCACACGGUAUUUUCUUUCUUUCUUUCGUGAUUCUUUCUUACUUUCUUUCGUUCUUUCUUUCUGUUUGCUUUCUUUUUCUCAUUCCCUUUUCCUUUCUUUCUUCGGUUUGCUUUCUUUUCCUCGUUCUUUCUUUCUCUCUUUUUCUCAUCCUUUCGUUCUUUCUUUCUUUCUGUUUGAUUUCCUUCUUUUUAUAUCUCAACUCUUUCUUUCUGCUUUCUCUCACCCUCUCUUUCUAUCUUCCCUUCUUUCUUUCUAGCUCCUUUUCUUUCUUCUUAUCAUGUAGGUCCUUGUAUAUUCUUUCUUUCUUACUUAGAUUAUUUCUUUCUUUUUACAUUUAUUUCUUCCUUUCUUUUCUUCCUUUUUCUUUACUUCUUUCUUCUCUUUACGUAAGUGUUAUACUUUCUUUUAUCUAUAUAUUCUUUCCUUUUCACUUUAAUUUAUUCAAUUUUCUUUCUUUCUUUCUUUCUUUCUUUCUUUCUUUCUUUCUUUCUAUCUCCUUUUCUUUCUUCUUAUCAUGUAGGUCCUUGUAUAUUCUUUCUUUCUUACUUAGAUUAUUUUUAUUCUUUUUACAUUUCUUUCUUCCUUUCUUUUCUUUUUUUUUCUUUACUUCUUUCUUCUCUUUACGUAAAUGUUAUACUUUCUUUUAUGUAAUUGCAGAAUUCCUUCCUUCUUUCUUUCUUUCUUUCUUUUUAUUACAUAGAAUUUUUACUUUUUUACAUAAAUACGGAACUAUUACUUUCUUUCUUUCUUUCUUUCUUUCUUUCUUUCUUUCUUUCUUUCUUUCUUCAUUCUCAUAA